AUGACAAGCGGUCCCCUAACUCCCGACAUGGUCCCCAGCGAUGGAAAGUACCAUUUUGCGAUCGAUAGAGGUGGCACAUUCACAGAUGUCGUCGCAACGUUGCCGUCGGGUGAGAUUGUCGUGUCGAAGCUUCUCAGUGAAGAUCCACAGCACUAUUUGGAUGCCCCCACCGAAGGAAUCAGGCGGGUCUUGGAAAAGAAUGAUGUCAGCAGUGGUAUCGACUACACCAGAGGAAGGUUGGUCUGUACAUCGAAUAUUGGAAGUAUUCGGAUGGGAACCACCGUUGCAACGAAUGCACUAUUAGAACGACGAGGGUCGAAGAUGGCAUUGAUUACAACCAAGGGUUUCAAAGAUUUACUUGAAAUUGGAAAUCAAGCACGACCGGAUAUCUUUGAUCUAAGCUGUAAGACCCCAAGUCUUUUGUACCAUACCGUCGUCGAAGUCGACGAACGAGUUUUCCUUGAAAAGUUUUGCCCAGCCGAAAUGGCUGCUACUUUGGAGAGAAAAGUAGGUAUUACCAAAGAGGGAGUGCUAAUCGAGAAGAAACCCGAUCUUGACGUCGUCAAGAAACAGCUGGAAGCUAUUCGAGAUAGUGGCAUUGCGUCGCUUGCCAUUGUCUUUUUACAUGGAUAUACCUACGAGGAGCAUGAGCGUAUGGUCGGAAAGAUUGCAAAAGAAAUGGCAUGCUUCUCUGAAAUUUCCAUGUCGCACGAGGUCAUGUCCAUGGUCAAGAUGGUACCUCGAGGACACACGUCGUGUGCGGCAGCGUAUCUGACUCCCAAAAUUACCGAAUACUUGAACGGUUUCACGAAAGGAUUUGACGCGAACCUUACCAAUGUCCCUCUGCAGUUUAUGAAAUCUGACGGUGGACUGGCACCAAUCAAUGAUUUUGGUGGUCACCAGGCAAUUCUUUCUGGUCCGGCUGGUGGAGUUGUGGGGUAUGCCAAGACGGCUUUCAACAGUCCCAAUAGUCCUCCAGUCAUUGGAUUCGACAUGGGUGGGACAUCCACAGAUGUGUCGAGAUUUGACGGAAGUUUCGAUCACGUCUUUGAGACAAUCACGGCCGGCGUAGCAAUUCAAGCUCCACAGCUAGACAUUCAUACAGUUGCUGCAGGUGGUGGGUCAUGCCUCCAUUUGAGAAGAGGCAUGUUUGUCGUUGGACCCGACAGUGCUGGAGCUCACCCAGGACCUGUUUGCUACCGCAAGAAUGGAAUGCUCGCAGUCACGGAUGCCAACGUCGUAUUGGGAAGGAUCAUCCCAAGUCAAUUCCCUCACAUCUUUGGUCCUGAAGAAAAUGAACCUCUAGACGUCGACGGUGCACGGAAAGCUUUUGAAGAACUCGAGCGUCUCCCUGAAGCUGGUGGGCGAUCCCCAGAAGAAUUAGCUUUUGGUUUCUUGCAAGUUGCAAAUGAAGCAAUGUGUCGACCGAUUCGAAAUCUGACGCAAAUGAAGGGAUUUGAUAUUACGAGUCAUACCCUGGCUUGUUUUGGGGGAGCCGGUGCUCAACACGCCUGUAACAUUGCAAAGGCACUAGGGAUGUCAGAAGUUUAUGUCCAUCGGUACAGUGGAGUUUUGAGUGCAUACGGUCUCUCUCUCGCAGAUGCCGUGCACGAAGAACAGAUACCAACUGCAGAGGUAUAUGACGGAGGUAUGUCGGAUAUUGGAAAAGAGCGACUAGCCAUGCUACGAGAACGUGCCACCAAAGCAUUGACGGCACAAGGAUACAAGGAGGGAAACAUCUCGACUGAAGAGUUUAUAAACAUGCGAUAUGAUGGUACAGACACGGCCAUCAUGAUAAAGCAGAGCGAAAAUAUGACCUUUAGCGAGGCGUUUGAGGCCAUCUAUAGACGAGAAUUUGGGUUUACCUUGAAGGAUAGGGAUAUUUGUGUUGACGACUAUCGAGUACGGGCUGUCGUUGCCGGGAAGAUGUUGGAACCCGAACCACCAACUGCAUCUUGUGGCAUCCCGACGCCCAGCUUGGGAACUUCACGUGCUUUCUUUGAUAAUGGCUGGGAAGAAGUGCCUGUCUACAAGGUUGAAGACCUGAAUCCUGGUCACGAAAUUCCAGGACCGUGUAUUAUUGUUCAACCAAUUUCCACAGUCGUUGUGGAGAUCAAUUGUAGGGCAUUCGUAACAGCUUAUGGCGACUUGAGGAUUAAGAUUGGACACUCAGAGGAACAUCAUUUGAGUGCUGACGCUGUUAUCAAAGCUGACCCAGUGAAGCUUUCUGUUUUCUCUCACCGCUUCAUGGGAAUUGCGGAACAAAUGGGCCGAACACUCCAAAGGACUGCGAUUUCUGUGAAUAUGAAGGAACGCCUAGAUUUCUCUUGCGCUCUAUUUACAAAGGAUGGCGGUCUUGUUGCUAAUGCGCCUCACAUUCCUGUGCACCUUGGAGCCAUGCAAGCAGCAGUUCGGUUUCAAGUCGAGUAUUGGGAAACGAAUGGUGGUAUCCAAGAGGGGGACGUUUUGCUCUCGAACCAUCCUCAAAAGGCUGGCGGAUCACAUUUACCCGAUAUUACAGUCAUAACUCCGGUUUUCCACGAGGGGGAGAUCAUCUUUUUUGUGGCCAGCCGUGGCCAUCAUGCUGAUAUUGGUGGAAUCUCACCUGGAUCCAUGCCCCCACAUUCAAAGUCAUUAGAAGAAGAGGGUGCAAUGAUUAUUGCGUUCAAGCUAGUUGAACAAGGCAAAUUUCAGGAAGCUGGCAUUACAGAGAUUCUCAUGUCCCCUGGAAAGAUUCCGGGAAAUUCUGGAACACGAAACCUACGCGACAACAUCAGCGACUUGCGAGCGCAAGUGGCAGCCAACAAUUCUGGAAUUCUCCUCCUUCAGGACCUUGUGAAAGAACAUGGGCUCGAAGUUGUUGCAGCCUACAUGAACUAUAUCCAAGAAAACGCUGAAGGAGCUGUAAGGCUGAUGUUGAAACAAUUUGCGACGACUCACGAUAAAAAAGUGUCUGCAACAGACUUUAUGGAUGAUGGCACUCCAAUAUGCUUGACCAUUGAGAUCGACCCAGACACUGGAAGCGCUGUAUUUGACUUUACCGGAACUGGGCCGCAAGUUGACGGAAACCACAACGCACCUCCUGCAGUCACAUAUAGCGCGGUCAUUUACGCCCUUCGCUCUCUUGUAGGAGAUGAUAUCCCGCUCAAUCAGGGCUGCCUUGCUCCAAUCAAGUUCAUCAUCCCCAAGUUCUCAUUGUUGAACCCGUCAGAGGAUGCUGGUGUUGUUGGUGGAAACGUUUUGACUUCGCAACGAGUCGUCGAUGUAGUGCUUCUCGCCUUUUCCGCCUGUGCCGCAAGCCAAGGCUGUAUGAACAAUCUUACGUUUGGAGACAAGGAAUUUGGUUACUACGAAACUAUUGCAGGAGGCAGUGGUGCAGGUCCAACUUGGGUUGGCAAGUCUGGUAUUCACACCCAUUGUACCAACACCCGAAUCACUGACCCUGAGAUUUUGGAGCGUCGGUACCCUGUGUUGCUGCGUGAGUUUUCGAUUCGACAAGACAGCGGUGGAAAGGGCAAACACGCUGGAGGCAACGGUGUCAUCCGAGAGUUGGAGCCACUCAGACCGUUGGUCAUGAGCAUCUUGAGUGAACGGAGAGCUCUCCAACCGUAUGGAAUGGCCGGUGGCGAUCCUGGAGAACGAGGCCGCAAUCUAGUUGUCAAGCAGAAUGGAACUCUGGUCAACCUUGGUGGAAGGUGCAGUGGCCAACUGAUGCUGGGAGAAAGGUUGAGAAUCGAGACUCCGGGCGGUGGAGGUUACGGGCCGUCGUCUUAA